CAUUGUUUAUUAUAUCUUUCCAAAAACCAAGAGCUACAAACGCCCGUAGCUUACCCACUUCCAAUCAUUUCCCCUUCCAAUUAUUGCUUUUCAAGUUCCAAAAACAACCUCAACCACCACCACUUCCCACCACCAUCAGCCACCAGCUACCCGGAAUCUCCCUAGCAGAGCUUCUAAUAAACAAAUAGAAAUAAUAACAAUACUAAUAACAAUUAAUCAAGAAAUCGGAAACACGGUCUAGCUUUUCUUCUUUUUCAUGGAGCACCCUUCACCAACCAUCUUCAUUUCCCCUGAACCCCCACCCUUCCCUGCGCCGCCCAGAAGCGUAGAUUUAUCUCCUCUAGAGUUCAUUCUUGGUCUCAUCGCGAUUAUCACCAUUCCUGCCUUGAUCUACACCUUCUUUUUCUCUAUCAAGUGCCCUCCUACUCCUUUCAGGCGGCGCCGGAGUGAUUCUGGGGAAUUUCCCGGCAUCGACGACAUCCCAAUUGGGAAUAAAGAAGUGGUUUCGGAUGUUAAGUAUCAGAAGGAGACCCAUGUGAAAGAUAUUGGGAGCGAGUGUCCAGUGUGCCUUUCUGUUUUCGCUGAUGGGGAAGAAGUGAAGCGAUUGAGCGUUUGCAAGCACAGCUUUCAUGCUUCUUGUAUCAAUAUGUGGCUGAAUUCUCAUUCUAAUUGUCCUGUUUGUCGAGCUUCUGUUCCUGCCAAGCGUCCGAACAAUGGGACCGCGACGGCGGUUUCCUCCGUCGAUCUCCACCAAGGUUUGCCGGAUGCUACCUCUUUAGUUUGAGUACAAGAUAUAGCUUCUCUCCUUGAUGAUAAUUUUGCUUGUUCUUGGUCAAUACCUGUUUGUUAUUUUGCCCACAAGGAAAGAAAAUCAAUCUUAGUGAUAAUUGCAUUUUCAAGAAAUUAACAUUUUGCUUCCGUAAGUUCCUGCAAUCCACUGGUUGUGAAUUAGGACUAGUUAGAUAAGAAUUCAAAAGAAUUUUCCCUAAUGACUCCCAUGUUGAAGCACAUCUGGAGCAUGAGGGUAGAUAUUUGAGAAUUUGGUAGAUUUAUCAUCAAUGGAAAUGAUAAAAUAUUAGUAUCUGUGUCAGUGAUCAGUCUAAUCCCUUUGUGUAAGACCCCUCUAGAAAUCCUUUUUUUUUUUCAUCAUUGUUAAUUCUACAGCCAAAUUUAGGAUAUAGAGUAAGAUUAAGUACUGCAUUUUCAGCUACUGGGAUGGAUGAAAUGCAUAAUCAAUUACCGAAAAGCUAAUGUUGAUAUGAGCCUAUGGUUUUCCUAGCUUCAGGAUAACUAAACAGGAUCUAGCUCAAAUUAUUCCUUUUGUAUAUGCAUUGUAAGAGUUACACGGGCAAAUUCCAUAUGUGAGACUUUUGAAGUGCAAUUUCUUGUAGAGAUCUAAUUACUUUCUAGAUGUGAAUAACAUUAAAGAUGAAAUUCCAAGUAGAGGUGAAAUUCUAAGGAGUUGCAGCUCCAUAAAGAAGUAGGUCAUGAAAAACUUCUCCAAGUAGCUCAGUUAAAGAAGUGGGAGAAAUUAGGUGACAUAUAUGAGAACAAUUAUAUAUUCCUUGUCCCUUUUUGGUAUAGAAUGACAAACUUGUAAUAAAGUGACAAAUAGAGUCAUGGUAAUUUUAUUGUUUCCUGGAAAAAAAAAAAAGAAAAAAGAUUGAAAAGAGCAUAAUACAAG